GGUUUCGAGAGCUGCUGCUGCUGGCUGCUGAGACUCAGUGGCUGUGUGUGACGGUGACAGCAGGGCAGGGAUCCCGGCGGAGAGGAAGGCGCCGCUCCCUCCUGCAGACCCUCCCUCCCUCCCUCUCUCCCUCUCUCCCUCUCUCCCUCUCUCCCACCGCAUCUUCUUCCCAGCCUCAUGGAUUACCAGAUCCCCCGAGAAGCGGGAGGCUUAGCUCCAGGGCAUCCGCCGCGAGGGGCUUCCAGAGAGUGAGGAGGGAGAGGAGGAGGAGGAAGGACCCCUCCACAUCCAGAGCAUCCCCACCAUGGACAGCCUCCUGGAGCCCUUCCCCUCGGAGCGCCUCUUCCCCGGGGGCGCCCCCAGUUUCCUGGACCUGGGCGACCUCAAUGAGUCCGAUUUCCUCAAUAAUGUGCAUUUCUCUGAGAGCUUUGACCACUUCUCAGAGAACAUGGAGGACUUUUCUAAUGAACUCUUCAAUAGUUUCUUUGAUGAUCCCGUUCUGGCUGAAAAGAACCCUCUCCUGGACAUGGAUCUGGACCCUCCUACUCCUGGCAUCCAGGCAGAGCACAGUUACUCCCUGAGUGGAGAUUCUGCCCCACAGAGCCCCCUCAUGCCAGUCAAGACAGAAGAAAAUGCCAAUGAGCUGGAAAAUGGUAUGUGGUCCCUCCAUCACAAGCUUUGUUCCAUCAUGGUGAAGCAAGAGCAGAAUAUGGCUCCUGAACUUCCUGAGACCCAGAUGUCAACUAAUGAGGUACCCAUGUUGAACCUCAACCCACUGCAACGGUUGCCAGUCCCUGAAGAGGCUCCCAUAGAGAUGACACCCCAACCUGUAAUCAAAGCUGAACCCAGAGAGGUGAACCAGUUUCUAAAUGUGCCAACAGAUGAUUUGGUGCAGAUGCCUCCUACCCCUCCCAGCAGCCAUGGCAGUGACAGUGAUGGAUCGCAGAGCCCUAGAUCGUUGCCUCCCUCCAGCCCUCCUCGCCCCACUGCUCGUUCCUCCACAGCAAUCUCUUCUUCUCCUCUUCUCACAGCACCACACAAGCUACAAGGGACUUCAGGGCCCCUGCUCCUAACUGAAGAGGAGAAACGUACUCUGGUUGCUGAGGGCUAUCCCAUCCCAAACAAGCUUCCUCUCACCAAAGCAGAGGAGAAAGCACUGAAAAGAGUUCGGCGGAAGAUCAAGAACAAGAUUUCUGCUCAGGAGAGUCGGAGGAAGAAGAAAGAAUAUGUGGAGUGUCUGGAGAAAAAGGUUGAAUCAUAUACAUCUGAGAACAAUGAAUUGUGGAAAAAAGUGGAGACGUUAGAAAAUGCCAAUAGGACUCUCCUCCAACAAUUACAGAAGCUGCAAACUUUAGUAACAGGGAAGGUUUCCAGGCCGUACAAAAUGGCUUCUACACAGACAGGGACCUGCCUGAUGGUCCUAGUUGUGUGCUUUGUCCUCGUCCUGGGCUCCCUGGUGCCGUGUCUCCCAGAAUUCUCUGCAACAUCACAGACAGUAAAAGCAGCACCAACCGCAGACAUUUAUACAACUAGUAAAAUUCAAUCCCGGAGCCUUCUAUUCUACGAUGAACAUGGGGGCUCCUUAGAGGAGGGCUACAGCUCCUUCAUCUCUGUGGAACAUCCUGAAAAGUGGGAAGCUGGAAGAAAUGGAGAGGAAGAGCAGCCACCUCCAGAGCAUGGGCACAGUCCGCUGGUUGUGCCCCAUGAAACUGCCAAAUAUCUGCACAAAUCUCACCAGCAGGGUCCAAAUCAGAACCAGACCAGCUCAACUCUCACUCAUUCCAAGGAGCAAUUCCAUGAGAGAGAGAGAACCUCCAGUGAUGCAGCUGAAUACUUAUAGCAGUUGCUAGCCCUCAGGGCCUCUUCUGUCUGGCUCAGAUCCUUUCCCAGCUGCAUGAUUAAAAGCAGCAAUCCUCUGCACACUUACCUGGGAGUAAGUCCCCUUGGACCCAGAGGGCCUUACUCCCGAGUCGACCUGCAUAGGAGGGAGUACACUGUAGGGGGAUUGGGGCUGUAAUCAUAAACAUACUUUCUAAGGAUUUAGCCAGGUUGAACAUAGUGAAGCCUAUUUCUGUGUAAACAUGCAUAGAACUGCACUGUCAGUGGGAAAGAACGCUUCAUUUAGACAUCUCCAAAUUGGCCUUGAGUUCAGUGUCUUGUCCCUUCUCUCCUUUGUUCCCCGGUGCCAACGCUGUUCUUUCUGUUGAGAUUCACCAUGAUCUGCAGGGAUAAAAAGUUGGCAACAUAGACAUUAAUCCCUGAUUUUCCCCUCUCACACUUGAUCAAUGUGGCCACUAGUUACAGUAUAUUAUUUCCUCCCUAUGUAAUAGGUCACCAGACAUUCUCCACUUCUAACUAUACAGUUCCAAUUAUGUACUGUGUAAACUAACUCCAGCCGCAAGUGUCUCAAUUUCAAGAAAAAAAUCAUUUCUUCCUUCUGAGAUUCUAUUCUGUAUUGUCUUAAUUUUUGUAUGAUAUAUUUUUAAAGCUGUAAAAAUGAAGGUGGAAAGAUAAGAAACCAACAUGAUUAAAUGUCCCGUUAGGAAUAAGAAUAGUUUGCAAAGGAAAUUUUCACUUGCAUCAUCAGAUAAAAAUUCAUAACAUCAAUCACUGUGUUAUUAGUGUGGCUACACAUUUGGUGUCAAACUCAUUGAACUUAAUGGAUUUGCUUCUGAGAGUAAUAGGCUACCAAUGUAGUCUUGUCUCAUCUUCUUGCCAAAAUACCGAUUCAUUUUUGUAGAUUCUGUUUUGAUAUCCAUUUUUUCUUUCACCAAAAUUGAUCAAUGUAGAAAAAAUGCAUAUUCUUUCUGAUAUGAAAAUACCACACACAGUUCAGUGCUUGGAAGCUUUUGCAGGAAUGGCUUUGAGACCCUCACAUAGGGGAUUAAGAAUCAAUACCCAUCAUAUUUUCAGUUCCUUUACCCUUCUUCCAUGUAUCCUUCCAAUUCCAUUUUCUUCGGGUAUUUAGAUUUAAUGAAGUCCUUGUUUGCUCUUGUGAGAACACAAGAGUGCAACUGGACGGAUCUCCACAACACUUAUGAUGCCCACAGGUGUAGCCACAGAUGGUAGGGAUGUACACAUGCUUCCUAAACAGCUCCAUUCUUGUACUGUUUUCCUAGUGCCAUUUGAGACAGAAGUAUGAAAUUGCAGGCUUCACUUAAAUUUCCAUGUCAAUAUAAAUGCAAGAAUCAGUGCUUGAAAAAGUUGCUCCUUUAGUCUAUGACCCCCCAAAUUCCCCUGUGAGCUUGCCAGUACCUUGGCAACAGCAUUUCCAGAUCUGAUAGGAGUGGAGUGAUCCUCCACAGCUACUCUUCAAUAAAGUCCACCAGGGCCAAAAUACCACUGCAGCUCCCCCAUCCCACCUUCCCCAGCCCAAAACUAGCACAAAGAACCACUGCUCCAUCCGUGCAUAUGCUUUUUAUCUAUUCAGAAAUUCUACUGGGCAUGGUCCAUGUGUGCCUCCGAUUCACAAUGUUGUACAGAGACCAAAAGCAGAAAUUGUUUGUACAUAAUGAACCUUAUUUUGUAUUAUUGCCAAUCCCUUAAGAUAUUGUAUUUUGGAGACUCUCAGAUCCUAUUUUCUGUAUUGUAUUUUAUUAAGAUUUAUUGCGGGCUUGGCCUCUAUGAACUUCCUCUCUUUGCAGGGUCCUGUUUCCUCUUAGCCUACCAGCUGAUGUUUGCUUUGUUCUGGUUUUAAUAUAUCACUGUUUUCCUCCUGUUACUAGCUCUGCCAUUGCUUUCAAGCAGCAAAAUUAAAAAAAAAAGAUUCAGCAUCA